AUGACGCAGCCUCGCCAUCAGCUGUUGACAGUGUGGAUGCUCAGCCUCCGGACACCGGGUCUCCGCCGUCACCGCGUCCGUGUCUGAAACGCUCAUGUAGUUUGUGGACCGGCCGGUACCGGAGCUGCCAUGAGCGCGUUGUGUCGCCUGAUCCAGAGAGCGCUGCCUGGCGGCGGAGCGGGGCGCCGGCUCUUCCCCGGGCAGCAGCAGCACCUCUGCGGGGCUGCUCUCACGGUGCGGACCGCCAGCUCAUCCAGCCCAGUCAACUUGACCUACGAUGUCUUUGACGGGAAGGGAGAGAGCACUCCCCUGGUGUUUCUUCACGGCCUUUUUGGCAGCAAAUCAAACUUCCACUCAAUAGCGAAGUCCUUGGUUCAGCGCACGGGCCGAAAGGUGCUGACUGUAGAUGCCCGUAACCAUGGCAACAGCCCUCACAGCCCGGUGCUGACCUAUGAGGCGAUGGCCGGCGAUUUGAAACACCUCCUCGCUCAGCUGCACAUCGAGAGGUGCGUCCUCAUUGGCCACAGCAUGGGAGGGAAGACGGCCAUGACGAUGGCCAUCACACAGCCUGGUUUGGUUGAGCGGCUGGUGGUUGUGGACAUCAGUCCAGCCCAGACCACCACACGCACCAACUUCCGUUAUUACAUCCAGGCCUUGCAGAAGGUGAAGAUCUCCAGUGACAUCCCACGUUCCACCGCCAGGCGGAUGGCUGAGGAUCAGCUGCGCAGUUUAGUAAAGGAGCACUCAGUGCGUCAGUUCCUGCUGACUAACCUGGUGGAGCAGAACGGACACUAUGCUUGGAGGGUCAACUUGGAAGCCAUCUCGGAGCACCUUGAUAACAUCAUGAGUUUCCCCAGCUUCGACACAGUCUAUGAGGGACCUACGCUGUUUCUGGGUGGAGCCAGUUCUGCUUAUAUCAGCUCCGACGAUUACCCAGAAAUCCAGAGGCUGUUCCCUCUGGCUGACAUCCAGUACAUCCCAGACGCCAGCCACUGGAUCCACGCGGAUAAACCCUUAGACUUCAUCAGCUCCAUCAGCUCCUUCCUGCAGUCCUAGCUGCCUCCUGUCAACACCUCAGAACGUUUUCUUUUAACGCUUGGCGCCUCUGAGUGUCCACUCACUGAAAACGAAGGUGAGAAUUCAGCAGCUUCAGCGAGAGCGAGUGGAAUCAAUGAUAAUGCUAAUACCUGCAACCACUGGACCAAGCUCGCUCUUUUACAGCUGUCAGUUCUUUUACCAGCGUCAAAUGAUGUGUAGUGUAGCGUCAUGUAGGCAAACCUUUAGUGUUACCAGAUUGGCUGGUGUCUAGAUUUUUAGAUCCGUAGGAAGACGAGAGCAAGGAAAGUAUGUUGAAUUUAACACAUUUAACAUAAUGGGGCUGUUUUGGAGGUGAUACUAAUCCAAAGAAACUCUCAUUUGCACAGUGCUUUCUUUUGUUUUGAAUCAUUUAUGCCAGUAUAGAAGAAAAGUGGAUUUAGACCAAGUACAAUGUGGGACGACUGAAGUGGACCAGCAGAGAGACAGUUGGAUGUGAAGGUUGAGGAGCUCUUCUUGGAGAGAGAUGAAGGGGGAGUUUGGUAUCAUGUGUCAGGAGGAUCCAGCUCUUCAAUGAGGCUGUAGUACAGACAUGAUGUUUUGAUGUAGAAAUGUAAUUAUAGUGAUAUAUAUUCAGUAUUUUGAACAGGAUUUUAGAUUUUUCCACCUCCUCUGUGGGGUUUUUCUUGUCUUAUUAAGGAGUGUGGUCUUUUCGGUUCCUGCGCCCGCACUCAAAUAUACGCUGCUUGCGUUUAGCUUACCUGCUCUCCAGCUUCAGCUCAAACUGAAAGACCACACUCUUGAUUUAAAGAUGGAGAAAACAAAACUCAUGCUACUCCUAUGUGCGUCUGCCGAAUGUGAGAGAUGAGAAUAUUACAGGUCGCUUAGUCUGACUCAACUCGAGCUUAUCGAGAGCACUGGUUAUAUUUUUAACGGCUACGUAACCAUCUAUGAAAACCAAGCUGAAACGCUCAGAAGCAGCAAUGUCACAAUCUGUUUCCUGAAUAUCUCAGGUUACAACUGGAUAUGCUUCUUAUUAUACUCUUAUACUAUUCUGUCUGUGUGGCGGUACGCUGUAGUAAAGUUGUUGUGUCAGUAUUUGUUCAGUCCGAUCCGUGUUUUGAUGAAACAUCUUUUUCUGAUUUAUUAACUGUAUCUCUCUUUAUCUUUACAACUAAGGCGCAAAGCUAUAUGGGUAAUAUCCCACAGAUACAUGCUGCAACUAUGUACGUCGUUAUAUAUUCCUGACAGUGUUCGUCUCUUCUGUUUCAUUUGUUUUGAACCGUACAGUCCAGUAGUAAAACUGCCAUCAUUAUGAAGAAGCAGGGUGUUGUAAAUUUGUACGUGCCUCUUUUGUCGAGAGCUAUUUUUUCCAUUUCUGAAAAACUUGAUAAAGAGAAAACAUUUUAUUUUACAAUGUUAACUAUCAGGCUUUAGAUUGGCAGCUGGGUUGCCAGUUCUGUGUGAAUUUCUCACAAGGAAGUCUGACAAGUGAGGGUGAACCCCUUCGCGACGUUGGACGUUUACUGCAGUUGAUGUUUAAUGUGAAUAUGAAAGUCUAAGGGGCUUUGAAUCAUCCGAAUGCCGUUGAGUGAAAAUCCUCAUUUCUUUUUAUAAAGCUCCAGGUAGUGGAGAAACACCCCUUCACCCUCCUCAGCCGCAGCAGUGGGGGGUGUUGGUGGUUGUACUGACAUUUGAAUGCACGUCCUGCUUCAGCGUCUGUAGCGUUAAAGUGGGACGAGAUCAUGUGAAAGAGGAACUUGUGUCAGCAAUAUAGGAAAACAAAUGAAUUCAGUAACAUGAGAAACAGUUGGAAGACUGUAAUCGUGUGUUUAGGAUUGUAGAUCGUUUCGCUGUGCGCAUGCCUUCUCUUUUGUUAUCAGCUGUGACUUUGCUGUGCUAUGUACGUCUGUUUGUUUCACAUCAUGGCAUAUAUACAUUUUAUUAUGUACAAGAUGCAUAUAGGAGUGGAUUAUAUAUAUAUAUAUAUAUACAUAUAUACAUGUGUGUAUAUAUUAUCAUCAUAAAUGUACAAAAUGAUAUUAUACAAUAAAAUGGCAAACAUCUGCAACAAA